AUAAAUAUUAUAUUGGUGCUUGGAAGCAUUGGAUCCUGUAUUGCAUGUGGUAGAGCCGAGUACAGAAUAGGGGAUGAAUGUUGUCCCAUGUGUUCACAAGGUAAGGACCCUCUCUUUACAUCAUAUGAAUCACCAGACAUUAAUACAUCAUCAACACCAACAGAAAAACAUGACAUUGUGAUUCUCUCUUCUGCAGGAAAUCGUGUACAUAAGCAUUGUACUGAAUUCACCAGCACCAGCUGCGUGCCCUGUGUUGAUUCUACAUUCCUUGAUGAGCCCAAUGGUCUCAUGAAAUGCAAAGUGUGUACCAACUGUGAUCCAGGUAAGAGUGGUCCUGUGUGUCUGCACUGAAACCCUGACACAAACACUGACAUUAUGUUAUGCUAUGAGGAUAUGUCAGUUGUAUGAAUGAAAUGUGUCUCAUAUUUUGCAUCAGAUAUAACACACAAUGUUUUCUCCAUAGGUUUGGGUUUGAAGGUAAAGCAGCCGUGUAGACCUUCAUCAGACACUGUCUGUGGGACACUGGAGGGGUUCUACUGUCUAGACCCAACUAAGGAUGGUUGUAGAGCAGCCCAGAGACACAGCAGCUGUAAACCUGGUCAAUACAUCAGCCACACAGGUUGGUCUUCUGUCUCACUCAUUAUACUAAUUGUGUUGUCAUAAUUCAUUUGAGUCAAGUUAACUUCAGUGUGAAUAAUCAUUACAGUUAAUGGAAUUAAAUUAGUAACUAAACUAAAUGCAAUUUUUAAUUAACAUUUCAACAUGUAUUUGUGCAGGAACAACAUCUACAGAUACUGUGUGUGCUGACUGCAUUGGUGAUACCUAUUCAAAUGGAUCAUUAACAUCCUGCCAGCCACACACAGAGUAA